CUACCAAAACCUGCCAACGGAGAAACCAAAGCAGGAGAAGAAAGCAAAAUAAAAGAGAAACGAGAAACUCAUAGCUCAAAGCUCAAAGCUUUUCUCCUCCAAAUCUAUCUUUCGUUCAUUUCAUUUCCCUACUUCAAUUACUCUGGAAUUAAGAUGUUCCAGCAAUCUAUUUCCGGGGCACUCUCAUUCUCUUUAAUCCCCUCUCCCAAACCCAAUCCCCCCAAGUUGUAUUCUUUCCCCAUCGUUCGUUCGGAAGCCGUCGAUUCUUCCAAGAGGAUCGAAUCGAAGCCCGUUUCUUCGGCGUCUCCACCUUCGAAGCUGUUCGAAUCCGCAACGAGCCCGUAUCCGGGCGGGUUGGGGCCGUACACGGGCCGGGACCCGAAUGUGAAGAAGCCAGAGUGGCUGCGGCAGAGAGCACCGCAGGGUGAGAGGUUUCGGAAGGUGAAGGAGUCGUUGUCACAGCUGAAUUUGAAUACGGUCUGCGAAGAAGCUCAGUGCCCCAACAUCGGAGAGUGUUGGAAUGGAGGAGGAGGAGCAGGUGGAGAAACUGAUGGCAUUGCAACUGCAACAAUUAUGCUUCUAGGGGAUACUUGCACCCGUGGUUGCAGGUUUUGUGCUGUUAAAACCAGCAGAAACCCUGCACCACCAGACCCAAUGGAGCCAGAGAACACUGCCAGGGCAAUUGCAAGCUGGGGUGUGGACUACAUUGUACUGACGAGUGUGGAUCGUGACGACCUACCAGAUGGUGGAAGUGGCCAUUUUACUCUCACAGUCAAAGCUAUGAAGAAUCUCAAACCUGAAAUCCUAGUUGAGUGCCUAACCUCAGAUUUUCGUGGCGAUCUGGAGGCGGUAACAACCCUAGUACACUCUGGGCUUGAUGUGUUUGCUCACAACAUUGAGACUGUGAAAAGGCUUCAACGAAUUGUCAGAGAUCCUAGAGCGGGGUAUGAUCAGAGUUUGUCUGUUCUGAAACAUGCAAAGCUCUGCAAGGAAGGGAUGAUUACAAAAUCUUCUAUUAUGCUGGGCCUUGGAGAAUCGGACGAGGAGGUGAAGGAAACCAUGGCCAAUCUGAGGGCCAUAAACGUUGAUAUUCUAACUCUGGGACAGUAUUUACAGCCAACUCCAUUGCACUUGACAGUCAAGGAGUAUGUUACUCCGGAGAAGUUUGCCUUCUGGAAGGAUUAUGGAGAGUCGAUUGGCUUCCGCUAUGUUGCCAGUGGGCCUCUGGUUCGAUCGUCUUACCGGGCAGGUGAGCUCUUUGUUCAGAGCAUGGUGAGAGGAGAAAGGGAGAAAAUUGUUUCUGGCAGAUUCAAGUGAUGCCUCGUCUUAGCUGCCUCAAAUUCAAGUGGUCCCAAAUGUGGUGGAUGAGCCGGCCCAUGGUGUGGGAGAAUGGAUAUGUAAUGGAAGGUGCCAUUUGGGGAUUCAAAGCAUCAAGUGGUGGCUCGUUAUGGGAAGUGAGGGCCCUGCAGUAGCAGACGGUUUCAGUUAAUUUUUUAUUCAUCUUCACUGAAGAUACACUUCCAGCCCAUUGUGGGCCCAUUGUAUGAUCACUACCGUUCUUUUCUUUUCAUUUAACAAGAUUUCGAUGUCAUCGACCAUUUCCCAGUAGUCGAUGUCUGAAAUUGGCAUAUUUACAUAUAUGUAAUUUAUAAACAGACAUGCAUCUUUUUUAUUAUAUUAAUAUAAAAAGGAGAUCGUCAAGAGAAGGAAAGAAAUCCCAAUACAUAUCGCA